AUGUUCACGAAGACCACAUCUGAGAAAUUCUGCCUUCAUACAGAGCAAGAGAAGGCGGAGAACGGAGACAAGCACUACCAGAGUGAGCUGCAGAAGUAUCGAGGGCUCAAGGAACAGUAUGAAGGCAAGAUGGAGAUGGAAGGCCGAAGACUAAAGACGGAGUGGGAACAACAGUGCAAGUACCGGCAACAAGUGGAAGCAACCAGAAGGGACAUCCAGGCUAAGAUGGAUCGUAUGGAUGGACAUCAGCGCCGCCUCACGCACCGACAGCAAGAGAUCUGCGAAGCCUUUCGUAAAGCGGUGGAGAAGGGUUGGGAGGAAGCCUUCGUGGACCAUGUCCUCUCCUUGGCUGAGCUUGUGCCCGGAUUUCCGCAGCAGCAGCGCCGCUCUGUGGAGGAGGCAGAUGAUGCAAUCCAAGCUGCUGGGGGAUUCAACGAGGAGCAUCGGCAAGCUUGGGAGAACUGGCACAAACGCUGGUCGGAUGUCCCCGAAGUUCUCCAGACAUUGGCGCAGGCUGAGCCCAAGGUGAGUGCGGAGGAGAAAGCUACGAUGGAGGAAUCCGUGCGGUCAGCGGCGUGUGCUCUGAGAGCAGCCUUUGCGACCAAGAUCAGUGCUGUGGUCCGGGACCGUCGAGCCUUGUUCGAGGCAAAGUUGGACGAAGUGACCAGGCAAUGGAAAGAACUUGGGGGACGCUGA